AUGUUCCACCUUCCGACCCCCAAGCUGCGCCCAAAACCAUCUUCGACUUCUGCGUCAGGACUGAAGCAUGUGCCAGCACAGCCUGCCUUGACACUUGCUCAGAAGUAUGGCUUGGUUGCGAAGCCGCCUCCUCGGCUCUCCGUUGAAGAGUGGGAGGAGGCGCACAAAAGGUCACGAGCAAGAAGGGACAGUCGUCUUCCGUGCCCCAUUUGCAGAGACGAGUUUCGGGACGGAGAGCAAGUCCUCCUCAGUUGCUCACACGUCUUCCAUAAGACGUGCCUGGCCAGCUUCGAGCGUUACGCCCAGCAGAAGUGCUGCCCCCUCUGUCGGACGAAGCACUACCAGAAGAUUCCAAUUAGAGAUGGCGCGGAGUUGUACCAAUAUACGAGCGCUACCAGGAUCCAGUCGUACUUUCGUGGCUACGUGGUUCGGAAGUGGUACGCGGCCCUUCUGGCAUCCAUACCACCGACGGACCCCGACAAGAGAAGACACUUCUUUGCAAACAAGUUAGAGAGUGCAAGCGACCGACUGCUCCUCCACCUCGAGGCGGAGCGCGAUGAAAUCGACGCCCUCUUUGCCGAAAUCGACGCAUCUGUGAGAGACAGCAAGCGGAUCUACCGACAAGCUGCGGGACUGCCGGAGCCGGAAGUGCCGGAAGAGCUUCAGGAGGAACCCAGAACGGAAGACGUUGGCGGCGACGAAAACGUGGAGCCGCCCGGUGCUGGGUCGCCAGAAAGGGACGUGUUGGGAGAAUCGAUUCGGACGGGGUGGAUCAGGGGCAGUGACUGGGACGUCGCUGUUGCAAAGGCAAUAGAGCGUGGCGACUCGGACUGUCCCAUAUGCAUCGCCCCGCUGCAUCGAGCCAAAGGCGACUCGACGCUUGCGUGGCUGAGCUGCAGCCACGUGUUUCACGCAGACUGCAUCGCCGCUUUCGAGGACUAUAAGAACGCUUGCGCCGCUAAAGCGGCUCUGACGGAAGAUGGAGGAAGGCGGAAUAGAAACGGGGAGAGAGUAAAAUCAAUGGUGAAGCAUAAUUGUCCGGUGUGUCGAAGCCUUUACGAGAGGAUGUGGAUGUAG